AUGAGUUCUAUUAUUGAGGAUAGCAAAAUGGAAAUGGAUGCAAAUAAAGAAAAUGAGAAUGUCAACAAUAACGAUAAUAGUAAUGCAAACAGUAAUAGUAUCACAAACAAUGAAACCAAUGAAAAUAGUGAGAAAAAUGUACACAAUGACCAUAGCGUAAAUGAAAAUAAUUUUAACGAUAACAAUCUAAAGGAUAAAAAUACAACAAAUGAUUAUAACGAGGAGGGUAAAGGUGACAACAAUGAUGAAAAUUGUACGAACAGUAAAAAUAAUAACGAUAGUCCAAAAAUAGAAAAUGAAGAAAGCAAGAGUAGCAAUCGUUGGGCAGACAUGUGUGAAGAUUGUGAUGCCCCUUUAGUCGAUACGUACAAUGAUGACAUUGAUAUGAAGAACAGAACUAUGGAAAGUAAUCAUAAUAGCAUUGAUAUUAGUAGUAAUAUGAAGCAGAAUUAUUUUAUUCCUCCAAAGAAUGAUAUGUAUAACAAUUAUUCGAGUAGCUACGAAAUUUAUAUCCGUAAUUUACAUAUAGAUAUAACAAAAGAAGAGAUUUAUAAAAUGUUUGAAGGAUAUCGUAUAAGGAGAAUAAAUAUUUUGAACAAGAAAGGAAAAACUGCUGCGGCAUAUGUUGAGUUUGAUAAUGCAGAAGAUAUGAACAGAUCAUUAGAAUUAAAUGGAAAGAUGAUUUAUUCAGGCAAUAAUACGAGUGAGCAUGGUGCAAUAUCAGUAAUAAUUAAUAAGGAUAAAAUGAAAGUAUUUCAUUUGAAUCAAAAACAAAACAAAUUUAAGAAAGUGAUAAACAGAAAUAAUAAUUUUGGUAAUUUACGACAAGGAAAUAAUAAUAUGAACAGUUAUAAUAACAGUAGUAGCAAUAUGAACAAUCUUAAUAACAAUAAUAAUAACAACGCGAACAACAGUAAUAAUAAUGUGUUUUCAAUGAAUAAUAAUUCGUAUUUUAGUGAAAAUAAUAAAAAUAUGAAAAUGGAUAUGAAAGGCAAUUCUAUGAAUAAUAGUAUCAAUAAUAAUAACAUGAACACUAAUCAUAAUUACAGCCAUAUGAAAAUGAACUAUGUAAAUAAUCAACCAGGCAUGAAUAUAAACAAUAUUAACAACAACAAUAACAACAACAAUAACAACAACAGUUUGCAUAUGAAUCAGCAGAAUAACAAUGCUCAUGUUUUAAACGAUAAGAUAAACCCUAGUGCAAAUUUUAAUUUUAAAAAUAUGAAAUACCAGAGUAAUAGUAGUAACAAUAAUAGUAACAGUAACAGUAAUAUUCAUAUUAAUAAUAGUAAUAUCGGUGCAAAUAAAAAUGCUGAAAAUGUUGGCAGUGCCAUAGGAACUAGCGGAACAGAACAAAGAAAAAAAUUAGUUUUGAAAAAACGAUCUGUACCAUUAGAUCAGAAAAGCUAUGUAGUUAACCCAAACAUAUUUGGUGAAGCAAAACCGGUGGAUACGAACCCUGAUAAAAUAUUAGAAGAAAGUGUUUCAAAGGAAAAGGAAGGAAACAAUGGGAAUAAUAGUGGGACCAAUCAUAUGUUAGAAGAAGGUGAAAAGAGGUCAGAAAAUAAGGAGGAAAAUGAAAAGCAGAAAAAAGGAUUAAACAACAUGAGCAGUGCCAACGAGGCAACUAACAACAUGACGAACAACUUGAGUAGCAUGAACAGUGAUAACAAAAGCUUGAACAGCCCCAAUAAGAACAUAUUUAAUUAUAAAAAGAACACAAACACAGGGAGGAAUUAUAACAAUUAUAAUAAUUUUCAAAAUACGAAUAAUGGUAAAAAUAAUUCGACAAAAAAAAUAUUUAUGAUGAAUAAAAAUAAUGCGAACAAUAGCAAUAAUAAUAGUAUGAAAAAAAAUAUGAACAGUUCUUCAGAUAAUAAUAGUAGCAAUAUGUUAGGAAAUAAAAAUGUAAGUAAUAAUAUGAACAAUCCAAAUCCUAAUAACCUUAGUGGAGACAUGAAUAAUAAUAUGAAAAGAAUUAACCUAAAUCAAAAUUUUAAAAACAUGGAUAUGAAUAAUAAUAAUAAUAAUAAUGUGAAUUCUUCUGCUUACAGUAGUAGUAAUAAUAUGAAAAAUAUAAAUUUGGAUGAAAAUAAAAAAAAUAUAAAUGUAAGUGUUAUUCAUAAUCAAAUAUAUGAAAAUAAAAUGUAUAACGCACAUGUAGAUGGAGAUGGAAAUAGUAUGAAUCAAGAUUUAAAAAAUGUAAAUUAUUUGAACACAUGUCAUAAUAAUAAUACCAUCAAUGAUGGGAAGGACGCCUUCGGAAAUUUCAGAAAUACGAAUUUGAAGAUGGAAAAGAAAACUAAUCAUGAUAGUGGUAGUAAUAACAAUAAUAGCAGUUUCACGGGAAAACAAAAGGAUUACAACAUUAUUAAAAAGGAUGAUAAAGCGAAUAUUAAAAAUAUUAUAAUGAAAAACGUGAAGAGAGAAGAUGGCAGUACGAAUUACAAUAUUAGAAACGGUUCAAACAAUAACAAUAGCAAUAGCGAUAACCGUAAUAAUAGCAGUAGUACAUAUAGGAGCAACCUCAUCUAUCGAAAUAAUAAUGAUUCUCCUUCCAAUUUUAGAACUGCAGUGGGUGCGGGAAAAUUGAAUUCUGAUAAUGAACUAGGUAAAGAUGGUAUAAAUAUGAGAAAGAUGAAUGAUAACAGUAGUGGUAAAAAGAAUGAAGAGCCAUUCGAAAAUAUGAACAGGAAUGUGAACGUAAAAGGGGAGAACUACAACGGUAAUGACGAUGGAAACAUCAACAGUAAUAGUAACAUCAACAGUAAUAGUAACAGUAACAGUAACAACCACAGUAAUAGCAACAAUAACAGUGGUAGCGCGUAUAAUUACAAUAUCGAAAAUUUAUAUGAUAACUCGUUGAAGUAUGUGAAAAACGCAAAUAACUCUAGCAAGGCAAAGAAGGUUAUGUCUAUUAAGACCGUUAAGGUUAUAGCGACAGAAAAGAAAAAUGAUGAAGAUAAUGGAAACGAGGAAUUAAAGGAAAAAAAUAGCAAAGAUGAUGGAAAUAAUGAAGGAGGGGAUGAUAAUAAUAUUAAGAGUGAGAGAAAUAGUAAAGACGACAAAUAUUAUUUGGAUGAAAGAAAACUUGAUAACAGUAUUCUUAAUAAUAAUAACGACUCUCAACGAAGUAAUGAUAAUUAUACAUACGAAACAGAAAGUUCAGAAAAUUGUAAAGAUAUUACUAGUACAAAUUUAAAAUCGACAUUGUUACAUACUAAAACUAAGAGAAAAAUAAAAAAGAAAACGACAGAUGAAGUUGAACAAAAUGAUCCAAAUAAUAAUGUAAAUGGAGAUAACAAUCAAAGUAAUAAUAAUGCACAAGGAACAGGUAAUAAAAAAAUAGAUAUAUUAAUGAAACCUAAUUUAAAAAAAGGAGAAAAUAUAUGGGAAGCUAGGACACACUUACUAGUAGAACAGAAAGAAAACAGUCUACUUAAUGAUAAAGGCUCUCACUACAGUUCAAGAAAAAGUCGUUCACACUCAAAUAAAGCUAGUCGUGGUAGUAGCAGAAGAAGAGAUAGUAGCAGAAGAAGAGAUAGUAGCAGAAGGAGAGAUAGUAGUAGAAGAAGAGAUAGUAGUAGAAGAAGGGACGACAGCAGGAGAAGAGACAGGCACAGUAGGAGAUACGACAGGAGAUCUGAUAGGAGAGAUGAUCGACGUGAUGACCGACGUGAUGAGAGACGAGAUGAUCGACGUGAUGACCGACGGGAUGAGAGACGAGACGACCGACGGGAUGAGCGACGAAAUGAUCGACGAGACCAAAGAAAAGACAGUAGUAGUAGUAUCACGAAAAGGGAUACAUAUAAAAAAAGAGAAGAUUCAAAAAAGGCUGAAAGGGAAGACUCUUAUGAGUAUAGGAAGUAUGGUAGUAGGAAUUAUGAUAAGCAUAGUAGUAGAAAUAAUAAUAAUUACGAAAGAAAACGAAAUAGUAAAUAUAGUAGUACAUCAGAUAAAAAAAAUUAUGAUAAUAAGAGUUAUAUAUCUGAUGAUAAAAGAAACCAUAGGGAUUCAUAUGAUAAAGGGUAUAGAAAUUCGUAUGACAGAUUAAGUUAUAAAGAUAAUUAUGAAAAAAAUAAUAAAGAUAAUUAUAGAGAUAGCUAUGAUAGAAAUAAUAAUUAUUUGGAUUAUGAUAAAAUGGACAAUAAAUAUUUUUCCAAUAAUUAUAACUCAAUGAGACAUAAAAAUUAUAAACACCAUAAUUCUCAUUCAAAAAUGAAUAAUUAUAAUUAUGCAAAUAAUUAUAAAUCUGCGAAUUAUUACAAAUAUUCCCCUAAAGGAACUUAUUACAAAGAACCCAAAAAUUCAACAAAACAAAAUGAUAAGGAAAAGACAGAAACAAAGACAGAAAUUCAAGCCAUUCCAAAAAAGGCAAUAGUAACAACUGUUAAGACCAAUAACGUUUCUAUUAAAAAAAAUAGAUACGAAUGCUUGGGAGAUGGAGAUGAAAGCGAUAAGUAG